AAAAUAAAAUAAAAUAAAAUAAAAUAAAAUAAAAUAAAAUAAACGUUUUGAGUGAGUUUCAUAUUUGUCCAGCAGAUGGCGACAAAUCCCCAUGUUGUAGGCUGAGCAGCCACAGAACAGAAGUGAUCCGUUUGAAAGCGAGUCCCCUCCGCGCCGCUAGGGGGCAGUCAAGCAUGCCCUCCCGUUAGAAUCAACACAACAAGCCUUGUAGCCGAAGAAGUGGCCGACACUGCAGCAGUGCAUGCGACCGUACAGCCGCUCUGUCAGCCUGUGUUCGUCUUUCCUCACCAGCAGCGGCGACGCGGAUGGAAAACGGAGCGCCGUCUGUGAUUUGAGGCAGCCGAGGACAGCGGACCAUCCCGACCUGCCCCGCGCCGCCCCGCGUGCAGUAUCUGGACUUCACAGAAAAUAUCUGAUAAAGAAAAAAUUGCUGGUUCCUCAUUAGAUCCCAAAGGUUUUUCCAGUGACAGUCCUUGCAGAGCCAAAAGGUGCAGCGGGGGCGAGGCUGCUCUCGGGUCAGAGCAAACCCAUCACCAUGGAUGUGGAUGAGGAAGAGAACAUGAGUUCGAGCAGCACAGAUGUUAAGGAAAACCGAAACCUGGACAACGUGUCCUGCAAAGACGGGCUGGGAGGCACUGAUCAGCUCCCGAACGGAAGCGGCCUGGCCAGUCGAAAGCGCCCCCUUGAGGAGGGUAACAAUGGCCACGCACAUUCCAAGUUCCGGGCCAAGAAGCGAAAGAAAACCCCGGGUCCGGUCCUGCCCAAGAACGCGCUGAUGCAGCUGAAUGAAAUCAAACCAGGCCUCCAGUACAAACUGCUGUCUCAGACGGGACCGGUUCAUGCGCCUGUGUUUGUCAUGACCGUCGAGGUCAACGGACAGGUGUUUGAGGGCAUGGGCCCCACCAAGAAGAAGGCCAAAUUGAACGCAGCGGAGAAAGCCCUGCGCUCCUUUGUGCAGUUCCCCAACGCAUCUGAGGCUCACAUGGCCAUGGGCCGGACUCUAACGGUGAACACGGACUUUACAUCCGACCAAGCUGACUUCCCGGACAUGCUCUUCAACGGUUUUGAGACACCAGCUGCCUCCGAUGACUCCUUCUACCUUGGCUCCAACGGUACAAAUUCCCUGGGGGAGUACCCACUGCCCACCCCACCUGGCAGCAACCUUGUUCAGGCACCAUUGCCGCCUCCAUCUGCAUUCAGCUCCCCAUCCACUGGCAAAAACCCGGUCAUGAUCCUCAAUGAGCUCAGACCAGGUCUCAAGUAUGACUUUGUCUCAGAAAGUGGCGAAAGUCACGCCAAGAAUUUUGUGAUGUCGGUAACGGUGGACACGCAGACGUUUGAAGGCUCGGGGCGCAACAAGAAGCUGGCUAAAGCCCGAGCGGCGCAGGCCGCCCUGUCCGCUCUGUUCAACAUGCAGCUAGACCAGACGCCGUCCAGACAACCCAUACCGAGAGAGGGGUUGCAGCUUCACCUACCCCAGGUUCUGGCUGAUGCCGUCUCUCGCCUGGUGGUGGAUAAGUUCAGUGAACUGACUGACAACUUUACAUCCCCCCAUGCACGACGAAAGGUCUUAGCGGGAGUCGUCAUGACAACAGGGACAGACGUGAAGGAAGCGCAGGUGAUUUGUGUCUCCACGGGAACCAAAUGCAUCAACGGUGAGUACAUGAGCGACCGAGGACUGGCGCUCAACGACUGCCACGCUGAGAUAAUCGCCCGGCGCUCGCUCAUCAGGUACCUCUACACUCAGCUGGAGUUCUUCCUCAGCAACACUAAAGAGGAGCACCAGAAGUCUAUAUUUGUGACGUGUGAGAAGGGAGGCUACAGGUUAAAGGACAACGUUCAGUUCCACCUCUACAUCAGCACCUCGCCGUGCGGGGACGCCAGGAUCUUCUCUCCUCACGAGGCCGGUGUGGAAGAUCAGGGAGACCGACAUCCUAACCGCAAAGCGAGGGGCCAGCUAAGGACAAAAAUAGAGUCUGGGGAGGGCACCAUCCCGGUGAGGUCCAGCAACACCAUCCAGACCUGGGACGGGGUGCUCCAAGGAGAGAGGCUGCUCACCAUGUCCUGCAGUGACAAGAUUGCACGAUGGAACGUGGUGGGAAUCCAGGGUUCUCUGAUGAGCUACUUCACCGAGCCCAUCUACUUCUCCAGCAUCAUCCUCGGCAGCCUCUACCACGCCGACCACCUCUCCAGGGCCAUGUACCAGCGCAUCGCAGACAUCGAGGACCUCCCACAGCCGUUCUCCCUCAACAGGCCUCUGCUCAGCGGAAUUAGCAACGCCGAAGCCAGGCAGCCCGGGAAGGCGCCGAACUUUAGCGUGAACUGGACGGUGGGCGACCAGGCUCUGGAAGUGAUCAACGCCACCACUGGGAAAGACGACAUGGGGCGCGCCUCCAGACUCUGCAAGCACACGCUGUACAGCCGCUGGGUGCGCCUGCACUCCAAGCUGUCAUCCAUCUUACGGAUCAAAGUGCCGAAGCCGAGCUCCUACCACGACGCCAAGCAGGCCGCCACGGAGUACCACUCUGCCAAGAAGGCGCUCAUCAAGGCCUUCCACAAGGCCGGCCUGGGAGCCUGGGUAAAAAAGCCCAUCGAGCAAGACCAGUUCACCCUGAGCUCCUGAGGUUCUCCCGGGACCAAGGUGGUUCCAUGCAACCACCCACUCCCCCUCCUACCCAGACCCAGGCCAGAAGCUAGAAAGACCCUUCUUCUGCUCGCCGUUUCCCUUUCCGACGUGUCGCGGCGCACGUGCACCUCGUACCUGCGCCGCCUCACAGACUGCUCAUUCCUCAGAGGACCUCAGCGUCGGGUUUUCCGUCAUCACCUUGAGUUUUUUUCACCGUCUGUCUUGAUCGUUUUAAGAUGGUUGUUUUUCAUGUCAUUUUUAAUUUGAAAACUGGAAUCACUGUGUUUUCAUCUCUAUGCUGCAGAUGUAAAAGCAGAAAUUGCAAUUCUGUCAUUUUAUCCAGUUUGAGUUCAAAUUUAGAGGAAAGAAAAGAUGCAAGAUGCAUAAAAGUCUGAGGUUUUGCAACUCAAGCUGUGCACACAUAAAAGGAGGGAAUGUGCAAACAAUCUCCUCUGGUUCUCUUUGGUAAAAGUCCUUUUAAAGUCAGGUGAUGCUCACAUGCUCAGGCUGCUUUUCCACUCCGAUCAACCAUUAGAACCCAGUUUUAUUCCAGAACCCGAAAGAACCUCCUCUACCUUUUAAGAGUAAAACAUCCAGAGAUGUGAGCUGUAAUAUAUGUCUUUUUCCUUUUUUUUAUACUUGUAAAAUUAGGGCGGAAGUAAUAGUUUGCAAAACGUAUGUAUUUAAUUUAUCGAUUAUUCUUUUAAUUUUUUUUUUUUACAUUUUUAGAAGAGUUUUUGAGAGGUUAAGUAAGAGAAUAUUUGUAGCAUUAAAACUAAAUGACUAAUUUUAACAGUUUGAAUCACGUCAAAAACACACAAAUCUGCAUGGAUUAGCGUGUGCACACUACUGGCCCAACACUUUUCAAAAACUAAAAACCUGUUUAUGUAUAUAUAUAUAUAUAUAUAUAUAUAUACUAAAAUAUUAGGAAUUUUGAUUUUAAUAGUUCAUAAUUAUAUAAGAUGAGGUAAAAGUUUUAUGUUGUGCAUCAUCUCUUUUAAGCCCCUGUAUUAAACAAAGAAAUGUCAACUGGGUGGAAAAGAGAGCAGUUAUGAAGCCAGUUUAACAUUGUUUUAUCAACUUUAAUUUUGUAAGUUAUUUCUAUGGAGCUAAAUUGGGGCCAAAAUUAUUUGAAACCCAAAUAAAAUAAAAUAAAAUGGUGAUUGGCCAAAAGAAAAUGUAAAAUGUCCAGAACUUUUUGCUAUUCAAAAAUAUACUGAAUUAUUUUUAGCUUCAAAUGUUCUGUUUUUUAGGUUUUUAAAUCUUUUUUUCACUUUCAACUCUUGUUUUUUUUUUGUUUGUUUGUUUUUUUUUUAAUCUGAACAUUUCAGAAAACCUUUGGCCUUGCUCACUUUCAAAAAAUAGUUGAAAGUGAAAAAAGUUUUAAAAGUUUUUUAAUUAAAAAUUUCAGUUUUUAAACCUUAAAAAACAGAACAUUUGAAGCAGAAUAUAAUUAUAUUUAUUUUUGAAUAGCAAAAAUUUUAGGACAUUUUACCUUUUUAUUGGCCAUACACCAAUUUUCUUUCAAUUUGUUUUAUUUGGGUUUGACAUAAUAUCGGCCUCAUUGUAGCUCCAUAUAUUUCCAGUCACUGUCAUUUCAUACUUGAACAGCAGGGGGGGUCGUGUGGACUCCGCCGCCUGGGUCUUGGGUCAGCUUGUCGAGGCGCUGCACGUUGUUUUAUUGUUUUCCUUUAUUUGAAGCCAUGGCUUUGCAUGGAAACUGAACUGAGAGGCUUGCAGAGCAGAACUCGUGCGAUGAACUCCAUCGGCGGAAAAGUUUGGAUGAAUGCCAGCAACUUCCUCCACAGGCAGCUUUGAAUCUCUGUUUUCUAGAUUUGUUUUUGAUUUUUUUUUUUUUUUUGUCUUCUGGAUCGGUACAGCAGUGAAACGAUGACUAUAGAACAUUUGUGGCACUCAUCUGUCACACCCGCUGUCAAUAGAUGUACUGUAGCAGCACGAACCAUAAAUGAACUUAUUUUCAUGAAAACGACCUGUAGAGACACAAAUCUCCCAGAAAGCACCUCUUUCAUGGUGAAUAUGCAGACCCUGCAUGAAGAACACUGUAGGCUCAAACCCGAUGCUCGUAGUUUACAACCAACCGUCGUGAUGUCGCGUCUACAGGAUUUCCACUUCCAGCUGUCGGUCCGAGGGUCAAACGUGUGUCCUGAAGCAUACCGAUUCUCACCAAAGAUCCAUGUGUGUGACUAUUUUCCUAACGAGGAUUUAUUUUGGAAUACGGUCCGUCAUCUGUACCGUCAGGCUUUCCCCUCUGCAUCUGUAGUCGUCUGUAAGCAGUCGGUGUUUCUUGUGACCUGUGAUCAUUAUUGUGUAGUGUCUGUGUGUAAACUUCUUCCCUCCUCCGAUGCUGGAAUUGUGAAAAAUGGUUUUUUUUUUGUUCUUCUUUGUGACUCACCGGGGCCACCGUAAGACACUUCACUGAUUAUGACAACGCCCUGGAUCAACACUGUAGCCACACCUUCACAAAAGACGACAAACUCACAAAAAAAACAACAACCUGCACUGUUAAGUGCCUCAGCUUGAAGUGGCAUCCACCAGCGGGCACUUGUUGAUGUCAUUGACAGUAUGUCCAUUUAUUUUUCACUUCUAUUUGGUAUUUUGGACUCCAAAACCUGAUGUUGGAUAUAUUAGCAGGAAACAUCCCCACAUCCUGCCGGCAAAACUGACCCAAACCAAAGUCACGAGCAAUACUCCUGAUCCGUCCUUUAACGUCACAACCAGGAGUUUGACCCGCUUUUGUCUUUCUUUUUCCAUUCUUGUCCCUCCACAAAGCUGUCUGAGGACUUUUUUUUUUGUAAACGUCCUCGUAAAGAUUGCCUGCUUGAAGGUUUCUUUCUACUAAAGAUGUCAACCGAUGAUGUCAUGCUUAAAAAAAAAGUGUGGACGGACUGAACUAGCACAGCGAGAAAUGAGCUGCUUCUGCUUGAUCCUUUGUAAAUCCUUGAUGAUGGUCCGCCCCCACCCCCCCCUCUCCAAGAAGGGGGGUUGUAGUUUCGGGUAUGUUCGAUGACCUUUUCUGGGUUUCUGCCCUCUCAACAAUCGUCCUGUGUGUGAAAUCCUUCACCAACAAGAACCACAACCUUGCAUGUACUUACCAGCACUGAAGCUGCACCUAGCAUGAUGACAAACUUUUAAGGGACUCUGUAGAAAAAAACCUGAUGACUAUAGAUAGAGAUAUAAAAUCUACAAAAAAAAUAAAAGAGUUCUUAGUUUA